CAUGGGGGUGAAUGAUUAAUGACAGACUUUUCAUUUUGUGGUGAACUUUCCACAAUACUGCAUAAAGCUGUGGUAAUUUUAAUUAUGAUGCCACGAAAAGCUAAUCUAAUAAGAAAUGUAUGUACUUGGUUUAUUUCUGGCACACUGGAAAAGCUAAACUCUGGCUUCCUGCUGUUCUUUUGCAUGUGUCCGUGUAUGAGGGGCAAAGAGACCGAGUGCGGGGAGGGAUGUUGCAUUGGAAUUGCGAAGGGAAUAGAAUGAAAAGGAAGGAUAACGCACACAAGUUUUUUAUUAGAAUGAUAGUGUUCAGGGAGUCUGUUAAAAUCUGAAGGCAAUACCUUUUUCAUAUUUUUGAGAGAAGAAAUAAGCGGGGUGAAGGAGGGUAUGGAUAGACAAGAGAAGGGGAUGCCUCUUCUCUGCUUGUGCUCCGACAUCUGCUCACUGGCUAGAGCCAAGGGUGGGAGGAGUUUGAGCGCUGCUGCAGCGGAGUGAGGGAGGGAGAGAGGGAAGGAAGGAGCGAGGAUGCAUCAGUGCCACAGAGGAGAGAGAGAGAGAGAGACUGCUUUCUGCAUCACACCACUCUGUCCUUCAUUUACAUUCCAGACGCUGGCUUCUCUCUGGAGAGCCCCUUCUCCGUUUGAAAUGCCAAUCACCACUUGCUGUUCCUUCAUCCUCGAUCACACACACUUCCUCCACGCUGAUGUGAGGGAACUGGGUGCCCGGCACACGCUGAAGAGAUUCCCCAGUCUCCGCUUGACUGACGACUGAAGUUGCUGCAAAGGCAUCGGACUCUGGAUUACAUCCUUUUUUGGGGUUUUAAAGGAAUAAACGAAUUGACUACGCUAUUGUGAGGAAUCUCCCGCGCAGAUCCUCCGGACUAAUAAGUGUGUGAGAGCAACUGGGACUUUUAUGAACAGUGUGGCAAGGACUUUGCUUCCUUUGCUUUUUUCCUGUGCCGGCAGCUGCCUGCCCCGUUCAGACGCAGCUGCGCUUCUCCCCGGAAAGCUGGGGGACUGAUAAAAGAGGGGAGUGUUUAUGUCCGCUACUGCUGGGUCUUGAGCCGGAAUUUAAGCUACCCUUCACAGCCGCUUGUAGUAAGUGACUCUCCUCAGGAUACUGUCGCUGCAUGUGUGUGCUUUGGUGAAAGGAUUGCUGUGGAUUCGUGGCUCAUGUUGCUGCUGAUAUGGAAGGCACCUGGCACGGACACCUCCCCCAUGUCAGCCGUACUGUGGGCAGCCUUUGCUGAGCUAGGCCCCCGAGGAACUAGCACCCUAAUUGUGCGCCCAAGCGCACCCUGAACAAGAUGAACGCAACUGAGUUGAACCAUAGCACAGAAACCUUCUGCCUGCUGAACAUUGGCUACUCUCAGAUCUUCAACACCUGUCUGCUGGAAGUAGCCGUUAUUCUCUUCUUGACAGUGCUUAUCAUCUCCGGGAACCUGGUGGUUAUCUUUGUUUUCCACUGUGCCCCGCUACUCAGCCACCAUACCACUAGCUCCUUUAUACAGACUAUGGCGUAUGCAGACUUUCUGGUUGGGGUCAGCUGUCUUAUCCCCUCUCUGUCCCUCCUGCACCACCUGGAGGGUGUGAACGAGAAACUUACCUGCAUGGUCUUCAGCUACAUGGUCUGUGUGUUGAAGAGCGUCUCCAUGGCCUCACUGGCGUGCGUCAGUAUUGACCGUUAUGUUGCCAUCACCCGGCCUCUUUCCUACACUGCUCUGGUCACACCCUGCCGUCUUCGUACUUGCAUUGCUCUUAUUUGGCUGUACUCUGCACUCAUCUUUUUGCCGUCUUUCUUUGGUUGGGGCAAGCCGGGAUACCACGGAGAUGUAUUUAAAUGGUGCUCUUCCUGGGACACCCAGCCCCUUUUUACCGCGUUUAUUGUCGCAGCCCUCUACGCACCAGCUGCUUUCACCGUUUGUUUCACCUACGCCCAUAUCUUUCGGAUCUGUCGGCAGCACACUCGGCAGAUCAGCGAGCGGAGGGCUCGAUUCGGCCCACAGGAUCCCGAGCCGGGUGAGCAAGCCUGCACGGACAAGCGCUAUGCCACCGUGCUCUUCCGAAUCACCAGUGUGUUCUACCUGCUUUGGCUACCCUACAUCAUUUACUUCUUACUAGAGAGCGCAGGGAUAUACCACCACGCCAUUGCCUCAUUUCUAACCACAUGGCUGGCAAUAAGCAAUAGUUUUUGCAACUGUCUCAUCUACAGCCUGUCGAACAGCGCCUUCCGCAAAGGUCUCAAGCGCAUUUGCCUGCUAUGCCUGCAACGUAGCGACACCAAGAAGCCCCUAGGAGACCCACAAGCACCUCCACGGCCUGCUUGCCAUGUGUGACGUUAUCUUUUGGCAAGAUAGUGAGCUUAAUUUUGAUGGCAAGGGUCAUAUCAAGUUGAAAGCAAAUACUGAAGAUUUGUCUCGACAUCUGUGCACUGUCCCAGUUCAAGCCAGGUGGGGCAAGUUGACAAAGGUCAUGUGGAUAGUUGCAGAAUUACCUGGCAGCAAGAAAUGGAUCCUUGACCUUGGUCAUUAAAGAUGAAGUGGACAGCUAUGCGAGAGUGGGCUAUUCUCAUCGGUAUUUGCAGAUAUACCAUUCUUCGCAGUUUUUGCUGCAAGGAUAAAUGAAGCAACAUAGAAAAGGAGGAAAAUCUUUCUUGUGAUUGUGAAGUCUUUAGAUUGCAUUAAACAUUCUCUGUAUGCAAAAAGCAUAGUUUUUAUUAGUGAUAUUAACUGAGUUAUCGAAGGCAAACAUUCGUCUUUCAGUGACUUUGUGACACAUUUUGCUGGCCUUUGUGGGCUGUUGACUUUUAGUUUUGAUCAUGUGGCCAGAACAGCGAGAACAAGUAGUCUCUGUUUCUCCUGUUAACUGUCUCACAUGUAUUCAUAUGUAAGAGAAAAAAAAAGUUAAGAUCCCAGUUAUACUGAUCUAAAACUUUAAAUAAUACAGAUGUUAAAUGACUUCUGGACAAAGACUAUAAAGCAUUUCCAAGGGCUUACCUGGUUUUGGACUCAUGAUCUUAUUUAUGUUUUUACUAGUAAAAUCUGAGUCUUGCCUCUGAAUUUCUGAGAUAAUCUGAUCACUACCCUGCUCUCAGUUGAAGAAUGUGUUUGCUAGUGUUUUUUUGUCUUUGGAUCCAUGACAAGUCUUGACCUUCAGCAAUCGCAAUUGGAUUUUUUAAAAAGCUGUUUUCCCAAAGAGCAGAAGUCGACCCCAGCCCCCAAGCAAUGCCAUGAUUACACGGACUUCCCAUUUUCUGCUUAUUUAAAGCCAUGAAGGGAUUACAUAACCACGCCUCCAGUCAAAGGACACCAUCCUUAAAAAAAACACAGUAAUAAACUGCAAACAGACGACUUAUUCUGCCUGACUCUUUUCUAAACCUUGAUCACACUGGAGACGAACUGCUUAGUUGGAAUCCACCGUCCAGCAAGUCAUUUUGAGAAAAAACCCCCAAAACAAUCUAUUUGACUGCUUGGAGUAUUGCUGGAGUAUCUGCUGGACAGAAUGACUCUUGGACUUGCCCUCUGCCCUGAAGUGUCAGUCGUGUGCAGUUCUCUUGCCAUGUUUGGUUCGCUUCCACUGGUUACAAUGUGUUUUAAUGCUAGGGAUGAAUGAUUAAGGGGUAUGGGUCACAUCUGUUCAAAUGCAUUUUCUAAGCGCACAAUCACACUUAAAAUAUUGUAUAAUGCAGUUAAGCACAACAGAAACACGUGAUCUUAAGAGAUGUUAUUUGCUCAAUUCCGUCACAGGAUCCUUUAGAUGAACAAGACUUUAGUGGUAAAGGUUGCUGAUGUGGGCAAAAACCAAUAAGAUUGCUAUAAUCAAAUUAGGACACUUAAUGGAUAAAAUGGACAUAAGAAGAAAAGCUGCUGUAACUGAUAUAUCGGGAUGCAGAGGUCCAAGUUUUAAGGCAGAUGUUAAUGAAGAGUCCUGCAUGUGCUCACACACAAAAAAAGAACAACAAUGAACCGCAUCUUACUGCGCUGUACUACUUAUCUUUAUGACAUAGAUACAUGUACAUAAUUCAUAUGUGGAGGUGCCAAGAAAAUUGAGGGCAUUGAAAAUCAUGCCCUGUGUCUUUUUCAUGCUGUGAUCAUAAAUUCUCUCAUUUGGAUGGUACUGUUAAACAUGAUUUCUUAUGCAGAUAGCUUUGUCUUCAUAGCUGACCAAAGUAUCAAUAUUUAUUGGUGUUCUCUGAUGGAGUAUUUUUUUUAUAUAUAUAUAUAUAUAUAUAUAUAUAUAUAUAUAUAUAUAUAUAUAUAUAUAUAUAUAUGUAUAUGUGUGUGUGUGUGUGUAUGUAUAUGUAUGAGGAACCACGAAAUGUAUUAAUUGUUGUUGAAUGGACUGAUUGUUUGUAGUAAGAUGUUAUUAUAAAAACAGUCUGCAUUCCUCUUUGUAUUUAAUCUAAUAGUAUUUAUGACCUUAAAUUGUUUUAAGAGAAUGUUUUCCGUUGGAGAGGGUUAUGUAUUGUGGCAUAUUCCCAAAUACUUUUUUGUAUGACACUAUGGAAAAAUGCUCUCCUUUUAUCACCAAAACCAGUUUUACGACUGUCAGAAAUUGAUCUUGUUUAUACGCUGCUUCACUUCAAUUAAUGACCGAAGACGUGCUUUCAUAAUUGUAAUACUGUGACGUGAAGAAGUGUCUUAUGACUAUGUGUCUAAGUGUUUGGUCAAGAUUUUGAUAGGAGACGCAUAAAGUCUGAACUGCCGUGUCGUGGCAGGGCGCUGUGCAAUACUUCCACUCGCUAGACAGAGAUGGAGAGCGAUAGAAAACAUAUCACACACAAUAGAAAAAGGGCUUUUAUUUUUUCCAAGUGUCCCAGCUUGUUUGUUCAAAUGUAGAUCUUGAUCUUGCUGCCUCUGGCAAAGUGCUGUUUUUGAACCAGAACUGAAAGAAUUUGUUAGCCGUUUACCCAUCCGUUGUUUUAUUGAUCGCACAUGACCAUGAGUGCGUGGACACGUGCAUGGAUAUGUAUGCGUGUUAAACAGAACAAAGGCGCGUUUCUAGUCAAUGAGCUUGUUUUUAGCAUUCGUCUUGAUUGCUUUUUGGACUUUUUAAUGUCCCUGGAGCUCUGGACUCACCCAAGACUGCUUCCUCCCUCCCGUCCUAAGAAACCUUCCCCGUAUUCAUUUAAAGGAAUCAGAUUAAAUUAAACGGCCAGGAUUUGAUGGUCAUGCUUGAAAAACUGCCUCGGUUGUGUGUUACCCAUUCGGAUCGGUUGAAUUUCGUGAAACCAUCCAUUUUUUUCCCUCCGAUUCUGAUGUCUUUUUCCAUUGGUCGCCAGUUAAUUAUUUUUAUAAAGUUGGGUUUUCUGCUUUAACUGCUGUGAAAAUCCAAAUCUUGAAGCAUGCGUAUCUGUGUUUUUAGAUGCUGUAGAUAUUGGUUAUUUCCGCUGUCUGAAGGAUAUUGUAAGUAGGUUUGGUUUUAAGUAAUACUAAUGGAAUUGUAUGUUUUGGAAUGAGAGCGAGGCUCUAAUGUUGCCUGAACGGGUGUUAACAUUGCAUGUUUAGCUUUAUAGAUGAUGGUACUUCUGUCAUGGGUAAAAAGCUGGAGGAAGCAUUUCAACCUUUGGGACAUUUUGAUGCCAGAGAGCUUUUGUUUGUUUUUGUUCUCCUUAUGAUGCCAAAGCAUUCUUUUUUUUUUCUUUUUUUUUCUUUCCUGUGGGAAAACCGCUCUGUUCUUGAAAUCAAAGUCAAGGGCUAGCGCUCUCAAGGGAGAAAAUCUCCCAAGAUGACUUGCUCUCCGCUGUGCCAUAUUAGGACGAAGGACCCAGUCGGCCCCUGCCAUCGCAGAAAAUGGAGGGCUGAGCUGGAACAGUGUGUUUUCUCAGUGCACACCCCUCCGUGCACAAAACACACACACACACACACACACACACACACACACAGUCCACUCCGUAACUUUGUGUUGAUUGUGCUAGGCAUCUUUAUUGAGCUUAAUCAUGUAUGUUUUAAAAGUCUGCUAAAUUGCUGAGCCGGGCUCCUUAACGAAUUGCUCAUGAUCUUGCCCUCCUGCAAGCGGGUCCGGUUUUUAUUUGAUUAACUGGAGAGAAUUGUUUUUCGACUUUCACUUUAAUGCAUUCCACAUUGUAUUUCAGUUGGUAUCGCAAGAGAAUAUGAAAGCACUGCAAAGUCUUUGGGAUUUACAAUGAUUUGGACUGAAGUUGCUUGGCUUCUCCGUAUUUUCUUCAGCAUAUCAACAAGUUGUCUGGUGUGUAGGGCUGUAGCUGAGGUACUGAUGUGGUGUACCGCAAAUUUUGUAACGAUGUCAUGUUUUAGAAAAUAAUUGUCAAUAAUAUAUUUAUAUUCUGCUAUAUCUGCACUGAGGAAAUAAAUGUGAUCUUAUAUCAUG